CCACUUGCAAAGCACUACUCCCCCCCCCCCCUUCUCAAGUAAAGUUUUAUGUGAAUAGUGCAAGUUUGUUCCAAAAACUUUUUGAACAGUGAGAGGAGAAUGCAAAAAGUAAACCAACCAGCAAUGGUGAAACUGGAGAAAUAGAGAAUGCUGUAAAUAAAGCCAAAGGACCACCUUCAGCUGUAGCCAUGAAGAAAGAGAAAAGGCAGAGUAGGUUCAACAUAUCAAGAAACCAGGAGCUUGAGAUGCUUCCACCACUUAGAGACGCGGCUCCUGAGGAACGAGAGGAGCUAUUCGUGCAAAAACUUAGACAGUGUUGCAUCUUGUUCGACUUUGCUACAGACCCGCUUAGCGAUUUGAAAUGGAAGGAAGUGAAAAGGACGACUCUGCAGGAAAUGGUAGAAUAUGUGACGCAGCAGAAAGGAGUUAUUACGGAUACUAUUUAUGCAGAAGCAGUGAAUAUGUUUGCUGUCAAUUUGUUCCGGACCUUGCCGCCCUCCUCGAAUCCCAACGGUGCCGAAUUCGAUCCUGAAGAAGAUGAGCCAACUUUGGAAGCUGCUUGGCCUCACCUUCAGUUAGUAUACGAGUUAUUCCUAAGGGUUCUGGAAGCGCCCGAUUUCCAACCAAACAUCGCUAAGAGAUAUAUUGACCAGAAGUUUGUUCUUCAAUUGUUGGACUUAUUUGAUUCUGAGGAUCCAAGAGAGAGGGAUUUGCUGAAGACUACCCUUCAUAGAAUCUAUGGAAAAUUCUUAGGACUGCGAGCAUUCAUUAGAAAACAAAUAAACAACGUUUUUUAUAGAUUCAUUUAUGAAACCGAACAUCAUAAUGGUAUUGCAGAACUUCUAGAAAUCCUUGGGUCUAUUAUCAACGGAUUUGCUCUACCGUUAAAAGAAGAACAUAAGGUGUUCCUGUUGAGAGUUCUGAUGCCUCUGCAUAAGGUGAAAAGCUUAUCCGUGUAUCAUCCUCAAUUGGCGUAUUGCGUAGUACAAUUUUUAGAAAAGGAUCCAUCAUUGACUCAACCUGUUAUAAGAAGUUUAUUAAAGUAUUGGCCAAAGACUCAUAGUCCAAAAGAGGUGAUGUUUUUAAAUGAGCUAGAAGAAAUUCUGGAUGUGAUAGAGCCCGCAGAGUUUCAGAAAAUCAUGGUACCUUUAUUUAGACAACUAGCAAAAUGCGUCAGCUCACCCCAUUUCCAGGUGGCAGAAAGAGCUUUGUAUUAUUGGAACAACGAAUACGUGAUGUCGCUAGUAUCGGAAAAUGCAUCGGAAAUACUGCCGAUAAUGUUCCCGAGUUUAUCCAGGAACUCGAAAAGCCACUGGAACAAGACGAUCCAUGGACUUAUCUACAAUGCAUUGAAAUUAUUCAUGGAAAUGAAUCAAAAACUGUUCGACGAGUGCACGCAGCAGUAUAAGCAAGAAAGGCAAAAAGAGAGAGAAAGAGAAUCUCAUAGACAAGAGCUUUGGAAUAGAGUCGAGAAUCUAGCAUCUAGAAGGCCUGAAUAUGAAGUUAUACAGAGGAAUAACAGUAACAAUAUGCUCGCUAGUCCUGAAGAGGAUGAUAUUCGUAUGGAAAGAAUUGAUACUGAAUCGCCAGAUAUAAACAGAGGACAACAACAAAAAAACUCGGCGAAUAGGCAGAACAUGAAUGAUCAGUUUAGGAGAGAUGAGUACAUAACUCAGGAGACAAACAAGUGCUAAAACUUUAUUAUUGACGUGAGAAUGAGAUACAAUCGUAAGAUGAAGUGGUGUUGCAAAAUGGGUCUUUUUUUGAUGAUUUGGAAGUCAUCGAAAUAUUUCUAAUAGUACAAAAACUAGCAUCCUUAUCCAUGGCUUAACUAUCCCUGCACUAUUUUUUUUACUUUCCGUCCUAUUUUUUUUUAAAGCUGCUCCAUAUUUCGAAAGUCGAAAAGUAUGUGAAAUCUGAAAGCUAUCCUGUGGUUUGAUUCAGCCAGACAAAAGUGGGGGUUAUCGUCUUUUUUGAUGAUUUGGAAGUCAUCGAAAUAUUUCUAAUAGUACAGAAACUAACAUCCUUAUCCAUGGCUUAACUAUCCCUGCACUAUUUUUUUUACUUUCCGUCCUAUUUUUUUUUUUUAAAAGCUGCUCCAUAUUUCGAAAGUCGAAAAGUAUGUAAAAUCUGACAGUUAUCCUGUGGUUUGAUUCAGCCAGACAAAAGUGGGGGUUAUCGAAAAAUAUAGUCAAAACAAUGAUUGUACUAUUUGUAUUAAUAGAGAGCCAAAGGUCAUUCCUUGAAAUUUUGUAACGCUACCUGAAGUGUACUCUAUAUCAGCGUAAUAUACAAUGUGUCAAGGAAAGUGGACAUGUCACAAUUUUAAAGAAAUGUAGCACCAACUGUUUUAAAAUUUUCAUGUUUUACCUUAAAGUGGACCUGCUGCUUUUGCUUUGUUGCCGCCAGUUGAAUAUUUUCCGGAAAGAUACUUCGUAGAAGAAGUAUAUUUCUCUCCAUAGUACCGUCUAUCUGGCAUUUUCGUAUGUGUAAUUUUUUAGGCACAUUGUGGUUGCAUAAAGAGGUUUGUAUAUAGUUAGUGUGUAAGGAAAAUCAUUAUCACUUAGAGUAAUUUUAUUUAUCUGUUCAGCUUGUACGUAGAUUUUUCACUCUGGAUUAUUCAUUUAACUCUGAUGUUAUCUAGCAUACACUUAUUAAGAGAAUCUAGAGCAAAUAUUAAUUAUGUUGUAGUUGAAGUCUUUUCGGAGAAGUACUGUUUCUUUGUUUUUUAGCAUAACAUUAUUUUUUAACAUAUUAAAAAAGAUAAUCAUUUUUGGUCGUCCCUUUCUUAAGAUGUAACUCUACCAAUUAAAUGUCAAAAAGAAUAAAUCAUUUUUUAAGAAUUACAUAUUCUGGAAUCACACGUUUUUUUUUUUACUUUUAAGUAAAAAAGUUCAUAUAAACAUGUGACCAAAAAGUCUGGUUUCCAAGAUACAAGGUGUCAACAUUAAAAAAAUCAUUUUUAUUAAUAUCUCAAAGAUCUUUGUGCCCACUUUGUUAAAUUUUGAUUGUGUUAUUUAUUGCAAUACGGCGCUAAGUUAGUACCAACUAGAAGACAAUUAUCAAUUCCAGUGACGUCUCGGGGAACACUCUCACGAAUAAAAAAUAUAUUUUUUUUCCAAAUUAAGCAUAUCAAGAUACAACCAUGUUGUAUCUCUUUUAUCCCUUCAUACCUUGCUUCUCUUCUUUAUUAGGUCCGAGCACUAUACAUAGUUAUAUGCAAGAAUACGUCAGGUAUAACAUGCAGUAUUUCUAAAAAGUAAAAAAGAAAUAAUGACAAACUAAAACUGAAUACAGAAAAAUAAAAACGUGAAUCUAAAUACCAAGUUAAUGGACCUGACAAUACAAAAGACAACACAAAAAGCAGCCUUCUGCGGUUUUUCCGUCUCUCUAUCAGAAACAUGCUCUUUUUCUAGAUUGUUAGCUCUCAUUGCCUAUCUUACUGUGCCUUUUUUGCGACCUGGUGGCGACCAGUGAAAUAUAUGUUUUAGCCAUCGAUCUUCCGGCAUCCUUAACCAGUGACCAACCACUUUAAACUUCUCUCUCAAUUCUGGCCUCAUUACUUGCUCUCUUAUGUGCAUUGCCUCAUAAUUAGUUCUUCUGUUCAACGUUGAAAUUCCGGCACUUUGUCGCAAGCUCGCAAGUAAUCCUUCUGAGCCAUGAGCUAACACUGUCUCAACUAGAACUUGUCCAAGAAUUUUCUUUGUCGAUUGUGAAAUAAGCCUGUUUUACCAAACACCAUUGAGGCAUCAUAUCACUUUCUUGGCAUUUAUUAUCCCUCAUAAAUUUCUUCCCUGCCUAAACCUUCACUGGUUACAGCUGCUCAAAGAUAUUUUAAAUUAUCAACUUGCUUAAUACGAGGGAUGUCUUUUAAGUUUUGCAUAUGGAAAUAAAACAACACGGCAGGUAGUUCUAAAUGACUUUAUUGUUUUUCGAAGUAUUCUCCACGAAGAUUAAUACACAUCUGCAUGCGCUCGAAGCACUUAUUCCACUCGUUUGCUGGCAGAUCCAAAACGCCAUUUUUGAAUGCGUCAACUGCUUCUUCUGGUGACUGGAACCUUUGACCACGCAGUCUGUUUUUAAUUUUCGGGAAAGUAAAGAAAUCGUUAGGACUUAGAUCGGGACUAUAUGGAGGAUGGUCCAAUAAUUCCUCGUUUUCUUCCGUUAAUACUGCCUUGUUUUUUGGGCUGUGUGCGAGCUUGCAUUGUCUUGGUGGAGGAUGAUUCUUCUUUCACUUCGAGAACGGAUGGCUUUUGUUGGCUUUUCUUCACCUUGAAACACCCAAACGGCCGACUGUUGUUUAUUUUCUGGUUCGUAACAGUAAAUCCACGAUUCAUCACCACUAACACUGCUGUACACAUUUUUUGAGUUUACGGAAUUGAAACGGUCAAGCGUUUUUUGACACCAAUUAACCCUGGCUGCUUUCUGCUCUUCAGUCAACAGGUGGGGUAUCCAACGAGAAACUAAUUUUCUUACUCCUAAUUCUUCUUGUAAAUUUUUUUAAUUGAGGUCUUUGAGAUCUUCAAGGACGCCUCAAUCUCGCGAUAUGUCACAUGUCUAUCUUCAAUGAUGAGUUAGCGCACAGCAUCGACGUUUUCCUGUGUACUUGCCGUUUUUGGUGCACCCACCCUGGGAUCGUCGCUAAGACGUUUGAAUUCUCCAUACCAACGGGAAAUUGUCGACUGAUGUGGCGCUUUGUUGCCGAUAACAGGCAGUAACUCAGCAAGGCAUUCUUGUUGCGAUAAUUGUCUCUGAAAGUUGUAAUACACUCCACGUAUUGUUGUGAAACUUUGAAUUUAACUUUACUAAAGAGUGAGGUUAAGAUUCAGUACUGACGUUCGAUCCGCGCGGCCUACUAUGUUUCUAUAUGCAAAACUUAAAAGACAUCCCUCGUAGUUACAUUCUCAUUUAUACACAUUUCGAAAUCCGCGCUGUAUCAACCGCUAAGUACUCUGUCUUUUUAAAACUUAUUUGCAAACUCCAUUCUGAAUAUUGUUCAUCCGGAUGUUUAAUUAUAAAUCGCGUUACUUCAUUUUCAAGGAAAAAAAUAAAAGCAACUUUACGAGGGCGGUGUAAUAAGUACCCGUGUUAGAAAUGAAGACACCAUUUUUUCCAAAAAUAUUUUUUAUAUUUCUCAACAAAGUCUCCCUUUAGAAAGAUGCACUUUUCCCAACCCCUCCAAAAAAUAGGAUUUGUCGUUCUCUCCAAAAUACGCCUCUGUCUCGGCCAUGACCCCGUUUGAGCCGUUUCUUCAUUUUAGGGAACAAGAAAAAGUCGCAGUGGGCCAGAUCGUGUGAAUACUGGGGUGCGGCAGCACUUCAUAGCACAAUUCAUGCAGUUUGGCGGCGACAACUCCGGAUGAAUGUGCUGGUGCGUAAUCGUGGUGAAACAGCACCUUCUUUUUCGCCAAAUGUGGCCGUGUCUCCUUCAAUUUUUUGUCGAAGCGGUCGAAUAACAGACUGAAGUUUUGUCUAGUGAUCGUUCUUCCUUUUUCUAGAAAAUCCAUGAGGAUAACCCCUCUCGCAUCCCAAAAAAUCGUCGUCAUGACCUUUCCGGCCGAUGAGACCGCCUUCGCCUUCUUUGGAGCAGAUCCUCCGCGAGAAAUCCAUUGUUUUGAUUGUUGCUUAGUUUCUGGUGUGUAAUGAUGAAUCCUGGUUUCAACAGUGACAACUCUACGCAAAAGCUCCUUCGGAUUUCGCUUAAAUUGCUCCAAACACUGCUUCGAGGUUAACAUCCGCAUCCGCUUGUUGUCCACCGUAAGCAAUCGCGGCACCCAUCGGGCCGACAAAUUUUUCAUCUCCAACUUGUCAUGUAAAAUAUUCAUUGCCGUUCCGGUCGACACGCCUACGGUCUCUGCUACUUCGCGCAAUUUCGUUCGUCGAUCAGCGAGAAUCAUGUCGGACUUUUUGAAUGAUUUCCUCGGUAGCAACGUCUGACAGGUAUCCUGGUCACUUCUCAUCAAAAACGAAUGUCCUCCCACGUUUAAAUUCGUUGAACCAAUAUCUAACCGUGGUCAUAGAUGGCGAAGUGACCCCAUAAACAGCAUCCAACUUUGCUUUUAACUACUCGAAUUUUUUCCCAUCCAAAAACAAAAAGUGGAUUGCCGAACGAUACUGCUGCACUUUUUCCAUCUUAGCGAAAAUGACGAAACACGUAUUACUCGAAACUAACCUAUCAAUCAGUCUCAAAUUUGUUGUGCCGCCGUUUGAUAGAUGGCGUCACACCAUGAUGACACCAACUCAACCUCAGGAACGCCCUUUGUCGUCAAACACGAACAAGCCUCCUUCAUGUCAAAAUUUGUACGCAGGCCUCUACUCUCAUAUUUUAAUAAUUUUUCCACAUCUAAUCAAGUUGUUUUUAUUUGUUUUCCUCGAAAACGAAAUAGGAUACGAAGGUACCACCGUGCCAGCAUGGGGCAUCAGGCAACUUGAAAGACCAGUGAAACAGUGGAGUGAGUAGGAUUGAAUUUGCCUCUAACAGUCGAUCCUGAAAGUUGGUUGUCAGCUGGUGCUGCAGACUAAUUGGUUAAGUCGACUCCACGAAAUCCUUUCUCUCAAGUUGCUGCUUACUAAACAUAUUCGCUGUUUUGAAUGCGCUCAUUCGAAAAAUCGUAUACAGGUCUUUGAUAUGUCAAUAAAAAACCGAAAUUUUUAUAAAAUUUCACAUCCUGUAUCUUGAAAGCUAGAAUUUUUAGGACUUUGGUUCAGGAAUGCGACCUUGUAAUUACAGCAUGUUAUUAAGUAAAAUCGCACAUAUGGCUCUGAUAAAAUAUGGAAAGUACUUUGCCGAAAUAUCUGCAUAAAAUAACUAAGCCUAUUCAUAUAAUACAUAGAGAGGUACAUAAGUAUUUUGUGAUGUUAUCUGUAAGUAACAUUAGGUAUUACUACAGCGUAAAUAUGUUGUACAUAUUUUAUAUUGCUAUUAAAGACAUUCUAGAUAUCACAUCAUUUAGUUGGUUUUCUUUUUGAGCUGUCGUACACUGGACCACUGAUGGCGACCACUAGUCGACAUAACUAGUAGCUAAAUAUACAUACAUUUUUGUCCAUUAUUCUCAGAAGCGGCCGCGUGAACACUUAGUUUGCCCUAAUACAAUGAAAAUGUAUGGAAAAUGUCAUCCCCAACUUGUAGCAGCCACCAGUCGCCUAAUGUGUGGCAGCCCUUAGAAUUAUCAGGUCAAAUAAAACUCACAUAGUACAGCUAUAAUCAAAAAAGUUUAAUGUGCUAAUAACAAAGAAGGUAAUGUAACUCCUGAAACUUGUCAUGUGGUUUUUAUGUUCAUAGGGCACCAUUGUCCGAAUGAAAACCAUAUGCUUAGAUUUCUGCUUAUCGUACGACGUUUUGUUCUCCCCAUAUUUUCCAAGUAUAAUUGACAAUUCUGUGUCAAUAUGUAUUUUCUGUUCUCCAAGUGGAAUUUUUUUCUCACAUUCCUAUACACUGUAUUACUACGAUAGUCUGAACGUCUUGUAACGUGCUGAGCUAAUGCACGAAACCAUCAUUGCAAUUUUCAGAUGGCGCUACGCCCCACCAGCAAAGCCCAGAAGGACAACCAACCUCGCAAAGCGGCAAAAGAGCUUGAAGUUAUCUGUCCGUUUUUUUUUUAUUGUACUAGACCCGCCACCCUCGAUCAUCGUUCCGAAAACGCCAAGUCGUAUGAAAACGCGGAAACUCACGCAGAACUAUUGUCGCAAAACACCGGUUGAUUGUUAUGCAAUCUGAAAUGCGAGAAAUAGUUCUUCGACAUGUCUUAUAAGGUAAUGAUAAUAUAAUAAUAAUAAUUUAUUCACAUCAAUUACAUAUUGUGGACGGAUGCAUAUGCCACAAAAGUCACAACAAUUUGCCCUUGAGAUGGUGAAGUAAAACAUCUGCGCAUUUGACAUCCAAUGAUUAUAAUUUGUUAUUGAAUCUCAAAUUUGCAGAUGUUUUGCUUCGCCAAUGUCUGACAUUAUUUCCUCACAAAACAGGACCGUUCAAACUAUUGAAAUAAAAUACUAUAGGAAAAAGGGUGCAAAAUGCCACCUGUAAAACAAAAUAUAUUGUCACAGAAUUGUCAGUUGUACUUGAAAAAGACCACAGUGGUAGUCAACAAAAAUCUAAACAUAUAUGUGGUUUUGAUUCGGCCCGACAAUGUAAUUAACAAAAAAUGUAUCCAUGGUACAGAGACUCGAGUUCAAUAAAAAAAAUUUGAGGUCUUUUUACGUUUAGGGUCCCAAUGCGUGACGGCCUAAGUGAGUAUAACAAGGGAGAUUAAACACUGUUCUAUUAUCUAGCAGCAGUAAAAUUUUCUCUAUACGAGUAUUAUUUCAAAUGAUAAAGGACAAUAUGCUCAUCAGCAAAAAACUUGCUUUUUAGUUUAUUUUUCAGUAUAUUAGUGACACGUCCUUGGAAGUAAAUGUUUUCUGCUAGUGAAAACAUGUACAAGUGUCAAUGUGCUCAUCCGUGCACUUAGGGAAUGACAGCUCUGCAGCACUCAUUUUAAGGUGGCGCGGGCACCAAAUAAGAACAUUCAAAAAUGAAAUAAGCAUGUUGUUGAAAAUAUGUGAAAUUGCUUGCUCUGUAUAUAUUUGUAUUAGAGCUAUUUAGCCUCAAGCAUGAAAAAUAUCACAUCAUUCAUGUAGAGAACUCGUAAAGUCACAAAUUUUAUACAUUUUCAGUCAAAAACAAAUUUAGCUUAGAUACAUAAAAGCAGUGCUGUUGUAUCCUAAAUGCGGGUUUUGCAAAUAAACGUAAUCUUGAAAAAUAUCACUAUACAUUUUCUGUUUUAAAGAUUAUUGUAAAUACUGAUACAUACGACUUUGUUGUGGAGCUGUUUGUAGCGCAGUAUUUUUUUAAAUGUACAGCAUGAAGAAGAUGUUGCUUAUUAUAUCGAAUAAAAGUUAUA